AUGGUCCGAUGGAGCAUAUUGCCAGCUGAUUGUAUUCCCAAGAGCUACAUUAUCAACAUAUGUGAUGAAGGAGACAACAUACCUCUACACAUUGAACAUCAUGACUUUGUGAGGCCUUUCUGCACGGUCUCAUUCAUAAGCAAGAGAAAUAUCUUAUUUGGAAAAGAAAUAGAUAUCAUUGGCCCUGGAAAAUUCAGAGGAGCCGUGGAAAUUUUGCUACCUGUUGGUUCGGUGCUUGUUGUUAAAGGAAACGGAGCAGGCGUCGCCAAACACUGUGUUCCAAGGGUGCGACACUGUAGGGUGUCUGUAACUUUCCGGAGGAUGGAUAACAAAAAAAUGCCAUAUGGAUUCCUAUCGGACCCGUAA